ACUUAAUUUCGAUUGAAUAUAUUUAAUACUUAAUUCUGAUUACAUGCAACUUGUUUCGUGAAAUUUAGGUCAUAUUUGAUAACAGAUUCAUCUUACUUGCUUUUCUUUUUAUAUUAGAAUAUCAGGCUGUGAUUUCAAGGUGUCGAGGAAGAUUUUAAGAUUUGAACAAAUAGAUGGCGUUACAGUGAUAUAAAUAUAUUAGAUAAAAGUUUUCGUGGAAUAGUUCUUCUGGUAGAAAGAAACCAUGCCGUAUUUUUUUGCUCAGUUUGCAUCAGUAAUAAAGGAUGCAGUAGACGGUCAAGAUGGUAAACUUGCCAAACGAUACACGAUAGAGACACUGGUGUUCAUAGCAGUAGCAUCGUUGCAGUAUUCAUAUCAACGCAUCGCUUUUCACUGUCCACAUAAGCACCAUCUUGAAUUUUCAUUAUUUGUAUUAUUCUCUCCAGCAACUCUGUUUUACUGCAUCGCAGUAUUGAUGGAAAAAGAAUUGAACGAACAAAUUACUGGCAUCUUUCGUGGUGGUUGUACACAUGGGUCAAGAAAGAGGAAGUUAAUAAGACACAAGUGGAAAUCACUAGCUUAUAGUAUCCUCGCUAAAUACUUUCGUUGUUCUGUUGCUGCAUUCACCUGGAUAGUGUUAACCUUGCUCAGGAAACAAAUUUUGAUCUGCGCAAUUAUUGGUCCGGAAGAAACUUCAGUCAAAAGUAAAUUGAACAUAACGUAUCAUAAACUUGUUGUGAAAACAGGUGCCCAAUCACAAAUUUAUGGAAUUACCUGUUUGGUUAUUCCUGUUUUGAUAGCUACAGUGUUUACCACGCUUCGUAAAUGCUUUAAAAAUCCUAUUGACAAACUACCUUGUCUGGAAACGUACACGACUUACGAAGCAAAACAAGCUCAACAAGAAUUUGUACAACUUAUGAAGAACGCAGCUGAAGAAAACGCUCAAAGAAAAGUAGAAAUGAUUAUGGAGGCUGUACGAAAUGAGAAAGGGUGCGGCGAGGAUGAUGACAUGACAUAUGGUGUCAUCAUGGAAACACGGAAACGGUUGAUGCAGGUCUAUCCUAUAUUGAAAGAUAAAUCUGAUCUUUUCAUCCAGAGAAAUAUUGAAAAAGCUUGGCAGGAAGAGAUUGAGGUUUUCAACAAUGUUGUACAGCAUGAAAAAGAAUGUAAAUCCAAGCCUUUAGACAACGAAUAUCCACUGAGCGUAAUAAAGCCAAAAACUGUGUGAACAGUUGUAAUUUAAGAAAUACUUUUUUCGCUUCUUUUUUUUCAUGAGUAUUUGUAUCUGUUAUUGUUUAUAAGGCAUCAUUAAUGUUCAUCAAAAACUUAUGUAAAGCUUCAGCGAUAAUUUGGUACUUAGCUCUUUUUGUUACGUAAUAAAGAAUCUUAUUUAUAGUUUGGAUA